AUGACGAUUGGCCCUACCCUUGGAACGGGCCUGUUCAUUGGGACAGGCCAGGCACUCGCAGCGGGGGGGCCUGCGUCCUUGCUUCUUUCCUACGUAUUUAUAUCGCUAUUAGUAUAUUGCCUAACAACAGCUCUGGCAGAGAUCGCAACCCACGUCCCCGAUCGAAAUGGCACCUUGAUUACUCACACCUACCGAUACGCUACAAGCCAUUUGGGGUUUUCGGCCGGGUAUCUGCGUUGGUAUACUCUGGCGAUGCUAAUCCCGUUUGAGAUCACGACCGCGAUGGUCAAUCUUGGACUCUGGCACCCCGGGGCCAAAAUUGCAUUGCGCAUGGGUAUCGUUAUGUCUGUGAUAUUCGGUUUCAACAUGCUUCCUGAGAGAAUGUUUAUGAGAUCCCAAACAUUCUUUACUGGAUUAAAGUUGUUAACUACCAUUGUCCUCAUCAUGGUCUCAUUCUGCCUAUCGAUCCGAGGUAUUCCCAGCCCCCCAGCGCGAGGCUUCGAUUACUGGCGCAACCCCGGCGCUAUGAAUGAGUUCUUGUUCAAAGGAGCCCUGGGGCGCUUUCUUGGUCUAUUAGAGUGCCUUCUCUGCAGCACCAUUUCCUUCAUAUUCAUCCCAGAAUUGACCGUGCAAAGGGUGGAGAAAUUUGAGUCAGAGCGAGGGACGGACCACCCCGGGCCUAGAGUCUUGCAACAGGCCAGGAUUAGCAACAUUAUUUUGUUUGUUCUUUAUACUUUGAGCACGCUGGCCACCACACUGGUGAGUCCUUAUAAUGACCCCCUGCUCACGAACAAUGGCACCGGCGCUGGAUUCUCGCCUUACCUCGUAGGCAUCAAAAAUGCCAAAAUUCGUGCGCUUCCGGUGAUUGCGACCUCUUUGAUUUUCAUUUCCUCCGUGGCCUCCGGCCGUUCCUUUCUCUACAUGGCCUCGCGCCUUCUGUACUCGCUGGCCGAAACCGGGCAUGCUCCAGCAAUAUUGAUGGUUCGCAACCGAUGGGGUGCUCCCUAUAUCGCGAUCUCUGUCUCCGCAGGAUUCUCUUAUUUUGCAUUCUUGUCCAUGGCAAUCUCGAGCUCUGCUAUGUAUAAUUACCUCAUGUUCUUUAUUACUACUUCCGGAUAUAUUUCCUGGAUGUGCUCAAGUGUUGUUUACCUACGCUUCCGACAAGCCGCUAGCCUCCCGGGAUCCAGGCCAAUGCACCGCUCCUUUCUACAACCCGUUGGGACCUAUUUUUCUCUAGUCGCGAGUGCUCUAAUGGUUGUUGCCAAUCUUCUACAUUUUGUUUUUCGCUCUCGGCCGCAGUUUAAUCCCCGGAAUGCAAUUCCCGCCUUCAUUGGGGUUAUUUUGUUUCUGCUCAUGUACUUUGGACAUCAAAUUCAGCACACAAUUCACCCGAAGCCUGUCAACUUGGAGGCGCCGGACGUUGGGGAUGAUAGAGAGAUGGCGGUUAAUCACGUCCCAGCGGAAGGUACGGAGCUGCAGCCGGCUAGGUCUGAGGGUGAGGCCCAACCCACCCUAUGCUUCUCCUCUCUAGUCGCCAUCACGCAUCCCACCACGGAGCCUUACCCGGUCACCGCCCCCCUGAACUCACCCAUCGUCAACGGCGCUAUCUCGGACUCUCUCGCGCCCGAGGAUGAAGAGCCGUAUACCAUCAAAUGCAUCUGUGCAUUCGAGGAUGACGAUGGGAACACGGUCUUCUGCGAGGGUUGCGAAACAUGGCAGCACAUUGAGUGCUAUUACCAUGGCCGGGAUGUCCCUGAUGUUCAUAACUGUGUCGAUUGCGAGCCCCGUCAUCUCGACGGUCGGCGCGCUACCGAGCGACAGAAGCGUCUCAGGGAGCAAAGUGACGGCGGUGACCGGAAAUCCAAGCGAUCCGGUGCAAAGAGCCAGAAGAAGAAAACAAAGGAGCUUGGGGAUCAGGUAAAUGGCUUCCAUCAGCGGUCCGACUCCAGCGCCCGGGACCAACCUCCUCCCAAGAAGGUGAAAACCAGCCAUCGCGCAUCAGGGUCCAUCAGUUCCACCUCGGGACGCGCGGCCGCAUCCAUGAGUCCAACUAAGCCUUCGGGCCCGGUGAUUCCCCUGUACUCCCAUGAAUUUCUCCACCUAUACGAUAAUGAUCAUGGCCAUGCCAAUAUGGACUCCUCCUGGGUUACUGACCCGUCAGCACUCGCCCAAGACGUCUUCACCUGGUCCGGUGCAUCCUUAGACCGCUCGCACUGGCCCUCCUUAUCCCUAGAGCACCCAACCUGGAGGAUUCUAAAAACCCAAGAUCAAAUCACCGGGAAAAUUGGUCUUCUCCGUGAUUAUUCGUUCGACCCGAGUAACCGCUGGCAGGAACUCCGUCAUCCUGAACCGUUUGUUUUCUUCCACCCCCAGCUGCCAAUCUACAUCGACAGUCGACAAGAAGGCAGUAUGCUCCGCUACGCCCGACGGUCCUGUCGUCCGAACUACCACUUUUGCUUUGUGGCAAAAGAGGAAAUCGCCCCAGACUCUGAGAUUACCGCUACGUGCAAUGGCCUUGUCAAGCAGGAGUCCAGCGAUAAUGCUCAAGAUAUGGCUGCAACCUGCAUCAGUAAUGUACUUGCGAAUUUUGGUGGUUGUGCCUGUAUCCCACCUCCCAACUGCCUGCUCUCUAACACGGAUCGACGCCGACAUCCGAAGAAGGCAGAUGCUAUCUCAAAGCAGGUUCAAGCGAAGCGAAAAAAGUCAAAAAGCAACCGUGCAGGGAGUGAAGUAGUCAACAAAAACCUAGAUGACGAUGACCCCGCUGACAGUCGUUCCGCGUCGGGUUCCAUCCGUAGCCAGACCCACAGUCGUGAUCUCACCCCAACGCUGCAAACUCCCAAUGAAACUCCUCUAUUCGGAGAACGCAAGAUUGCUGCCGCAGAGAAAAAGUUUCAGCAACUAGAGCAGGAUCAGCAAGCAUCCUAUAAACGGAGGAAACGCGUCAGUGGUCAGUCAACGCAGACUGGGGGCACUGGCAUGGCUGAGCGCCAGUCAUACUCACCUCCAUUGUCUGCCGGCCGCCACGGUUCUCCGCGCAAACCAUCUGGUCUCAGUACACCUUCCGCGCCGUAUCCGCAUGGUCGCGCCCCGUACGUGGACUCCGCCACCCAGGCGGAACUCGACGGCGUCAAUGGAGCUAUGCCUUCCCCUCCGUCCUCACAACGACCCGGCUUUCUCCCCCUCACCCAACGUCUGCUUAAACGCUGCUACGCUGAUCGUGUUCGAUUGGAACAGAUCCAACAGCAACAACCAAUUUCCCCUUCGUUCGAGUCAAAUGUCAUACACAACGCCUCGCCGGUUGUUUCCAGUCCCCACGGAGCCGCGCCGCUUACUGUCACGACCCCUAGUGUGUCAGGUGAGCGGGAAGAUGUGGAAAUGCGUGAUGUGGAAUCACCGACCGGGACAGAAUCCGGCAUGUCACAGAGCCGUGAUGCCCCUUUAGAUGUCUCGCCGUCUUUCGGGCGGAGUGCAGGAAAACCACAAUUUCCGCCAUUGCCCUCUACUGCUGCGCAUAACGCUCGAAUACCGGGGGCCAAACCCGCCAAAAGUCCUCGCUUUGAUCUCCACGUACCACUCCCACCAAACAACGUUACCUCUCUACCAUCGGCUACCAGUCCUAGCUCCGCAAUAUCCCCAGCCGUAUCAUCGCCAUCCACAUUGGAUCCUGCCUCCCAGCACCCUGUGACGGUUGUUCCGGGGUCCGGAGUGACUGCGCCCAGCCCAGUGAAGAAAAAGCUUAGUCUAGGCGACUACCUUAUCCAACGAGGGACGUUAAAAACUCCCACCUCCGAGAAGACUCAGUCCCAGGCCACCGCAAUGCUCCCACCCACCCCACCCACCCAACAACCUCCGGAGAAACGAGAUUCCUCGACUGCCACAGGCAGCGCUCAACCAGAAAACAACCAUCCAACAAACACAGCGCGUCCAACUACUACCGAUGUUGCGAUGAAAGACGUAGCUGGCUCGACACAGGCCUCGCGUCUCCCUCCCGUUACUUAA